CGCUCUCUCUCUUUCUUCGGCUCGUCGCGCCAGCGUGCGCCCUCGGUAUAAAUGAUAUAGCAGGCUGACGAUCUCUCUGCGAACAUGGCAUUCUGGCGUGGCUUCGCGGCCCAGUCCAACAUAGAGACGCUGCUAUCCAAUUCGCUGCUCGAUAGUCCGACACCGAGCCGCACGCCUUCGUCCCAAUCAAGCAGUUCAAGCUCAUCCACAGAUCCUGCUGCUUCUUCCGUCUCGGGCGAGAGCUCCUCACUCGAACGCUCACAAUCAGCCGAAUCGGGUCAUCGUGUGCAAGCUCUGCCUGAGCAUGGCAAGCAGCAGACGGGCGAGCUACUGACCUUGGAGAGAUUAUUGGACGAGGAUGACUUUCUGCAAGAGUGCAAAGCUGGCUUGCCCAAACUCGUCGAGUUCAUCUGCAAGCCGCGUGUGCUCAAGAGAGUGCUCGCCUAUGUCUCCGGCUCAGCACUCGACGAACUCGACUGGCAAGAACGACGAGCAGACGCUGCACUCUUUGGCGCCAAGCCAUCUCAGACUGUAGUCGAGCAACGCGAGGCAAAGCGACUCAAGUACCCUUACAAGUGCAGCCAGAUCCUCACCAUGGAUGUCUGGGCCAUCGACAAUGCCGUCCUCAGCCAACCUGCAGACUAUCUAGUCGACUUCUGGAAUGCCGUGCUGGACAAAACCAGCGAAAGCUUAGCAGACAGAUCCGUGCAAGUCGGCUACUGGACAGAAGUCAACUGCAAGUGGCUCAACGCACGACCUGCCGAGAUUCUCGCCUUGCUGCGAUCGCAACCCAGGAUCGUCGAGCGUUUGCUGGCACUCAUCACUACCUCUUCCGUCGCCGAUCUGCUCUUCAGCAUAGUACAAUGUGAAGAGCUACCCGCGGGUACAGGCACCGUCGACUGGCUCGCCUCCGAGCAUCUCGUACAGAGACUCGUCUCGCUCCUCUCGCCUGUUUAUACACCAGAAACCCAUGCCAUCUCGGCCGAAUUUCUCAAGACACUCAUCGUCUUUUCGAGCAAUGCGGCAGCAAAUGCUGCCAAUGCCGAGCUCGCAGCAGCAGCAGAAGCGUCUUCUUCCGAUCAUCCGCCGCAGCAACAGCAAAAUAACGUCGCCAGAGAUGCUCAAGGUAACAUCCGAUGGGCGAGCAAUCGCCUCAUACGCGAGCUGGCCGCGGAAGACACAGUCGCCAGUCUGAUGGGCUUCAUACUUGACGAAAGUCCGAUACCAGAAGAUCUCCUUACCGAGCAAGCUCAGCAGCGACGGAUGAGCAGUCCCGUCAAUUCGCCCUCACCGGUAGGCAGUGCAAAGUCAUCCCCUCGAUCUGUCACACGCACCCUCAAAGGCAAAGAGAGAGAGCGUGACGACGACACGAUCCGCAUGACACCCACUUCUCCCAUUCGCAUUGUUUCGCCCACCCCGAGUCCCGUCGCCAGACCCUCCGCAUCACCCGCGAGUAGCAUCAAGAGCAGCAAGAGCGGCAAGCUGAGAUCUAUCGCUCGUGUCAAGCAGUUCUUCAUACCGCGCUCGAUCGUCGCUGCACCUUCACCGCUGACACCUGUUGCCCCACCUGCAGUAUCGCCAGAUAUCGAGCAAGACUUCGAGCAGACACCCGUACCAGAAACGCGCAAAACCAUCUCGCCCGCCCGGCCGUCAUUAACCCACCAGGUCUCCUUCGUGGCAGAAUCGAUACCCGAUGCCGCUCGAGCCACAUCCUCACUAACGCAUUCCAUCUCUGUACUCGUCGACCUCAUACGGAAGAACAAUUCGGAUUUCACAGAGGGUCAGAUCCUCACUCAUCUCAAGAAGCGUGCUAGCAAGGGCGAGAGCGAGCAAAUCGAUAACCUCGAGCGGUUCAGAGGCGCUGAUAAGCGAUCCCCGACCGGACCGAGCGUGGUCCAUCUUGGGAAUCUGUUACGCGUCGUCAGCGCGCGGCUGCCAGACCUACAGAAGCUCCUACGCUAUCCCCGCUCGCUCGUCGGCACUGUCGAUACAACUCUUGGCGCAGUGUAUCCCUUCACGCUCGAGCGAUACCGCAUCACGGAGCUCUAUGCUGAGCUGCUGCACUGCUCAAAUAUGAAGCUCAUGAAUCGAUCGCUAGAUGCGGAUCCUCAGUACGAGGACGACGGACAGUUGGUGGGAGGACUGGACGGUCUCGAAGCACUCGAAGCUACGCUAGCAGCGAGCGCGCCUCGCAAAGAGGCCGCACCUGCUGCUAAAGUGGUGACUAAGCCUGCAGAUGGAGCGUCGUCUUCCGAACAGGACAGUUUCGACGAGAUGGUCGAUGCAAGCGAAAAUGUUUCGCUCGACUCGCCACUUUCCUCGACCAGCAGCUCGCCGCGGCAUUCUCGUGCUGAUAUACGUGCGAUGCUACUACUCAAUCCUAAUCUAGCAGAAGCUGCUAUCAGCAUUUCAAAAACCAGCAGUGAACGCGACUCAAACCAUAACGAUUCCGAUUCGCCCGAGCUGUCCACCUCUUCGACACCCUCUAUGGACUCUGAAAGCGGCAUAUUGACCAAGGAGGAAGCGAGACAGCUUCGAGAGAUCCUGGCGCAGAGCGCAUCGAAUGACCUCAGUGAUUCUCCCGAUCUUCGGCAAGCCAUGGAAUCUCUGCAACUCAAUGGCGACCUGUCUAUCCCGCCAUCGCGUAAAAGAUCGCGAGCGAACGGCGAUCUCAUGCAGAACCAGCCAACGGACAAUGUCAGAGACCUUGAGCGGGCUAUACCUCCAGGCAUCGACCUCAAGGCCAAGUUGCUCGAACAUGGCGUACUGAAGCUCAUGGUGGAUCUUUUCUUUACAUUUCCUUGGAACAACCUGCUGCACAAUUCGGUCUAUGACAUGCUUCAGCAGAUCUUUCUUAGCCCAAUGGAUCAGCCUCACACGCUCAGGCUGUGCAUGGCCGUCUUCGAGCAGGCCGAUCUUUGCACCUGCAUACUUCAGGGUGUGGAGCUCAACGAUGAAGUCCUACGGUAUCCCAAAGGAUCGCGAUUAGGCUAUAUGGGUCAUAUCACAUUAAUCGUCGAUGAUAUCUUACGCCUCUUCGAACGGCAUCCUGAAGUCGCGCAAGACGUCGCGCCCUUUGUUCCACAGCCGGCUUGGGACCGUUUCAUCAGUACAACCCAUCGCGAGACGCGCGAUCGCGAUUUGCAGUCGCUUGGAGGCGGCAUUAGUCAAGCGCUUGCUCAGGCUGCCUCUACACCGAGCGAUACCGACAUCGAGCUUCAAGACGUUGGUGUCAAGAGGACAGAGCGACCCAGCAGGGAGAACGAGAAUGACGACAUCAAUUCGCUCGGCUUGCGCAAAGUCAGCCUCGACAAUGGCAGCCCGAAUGCAGGCAAAGAUCGGGCUUUCGCCUCCUAUCUCGCUUCACAAAUGUCGGAUGGUCAAGGGGAUGCGGAUUCAGACGAUCAGUCUGCGUGGCCCAUCGAUCGGUUCGACAAGCAACCAAGCUAUGGUUUCGAUGAUCGCUUUGAUUCGUUCGACGGCAAGGCGAUCCUGUCGCAAGCACAUACCGUCUCUGAUUCCGACGAAUCUGACGACGAGGCAUGGGAUCCGUUCAGCGACGCCAAGGCCAUCAACCUUGACAAGAAGCACACUAGCUCGCCUGCCAGUCAUCGCAGUCCUCUCACGGUAGCGGACUACAAUGCCGAGUUCAAAAGCUCCUUCAAUGACAACUUUGCAACAAGCGCACCUGCGAGCUCUUCACAUGAUGAUGAGGAUGACGAGUUUGGCGAUUUCGAGGCUGCAGACGAUUCGUCGUUCGGCGACUAUGACUUUACCGUCGAUCCUGCAGAAUCAUCGGAAGCGACUAUGCUCGGCAGCGGAAAGACGUCAGAUGACGUGCGCAGGCAGUACAUGUCGUCUAUUGAGACCGAAGAAGACAUCAUGAAGCCUCUUGGGCCUGCCGUCAGGCCAGGCACACACCGGACUCAUUCGGGCCAUCACCUCGAGUCCCAAGUCAACGGUCAUCUCAUCCAAGUCCCUCUUGACGAGUUUUCGCUCAAGACACAGUGACGUUGUCGUGAUAUUGUUGCAAUCGUUUCACGUCUGUCACAAAACCUGCGGGGUUCCUCAGGCGGAGAAAACGUAGCCUCCUUCACGCGUUCUAGCAUCUCCUUGCCAUAGGGCUAAUUCCUUGCCUUGCGAGUCGCGCAGACCAGCAGUAAUCUUGUCACCGUGCUUGACGGACGAUACACCGGCUGGCGUGCCUGUGAGCAAUAAGUCACCCUCUUGCAGUGUCAUGAUGGACGAGCAGUGGUGGAUCAGCUCUGGAAUCUUGAACAUCAUGUCGGCAGUCGUGCCGUUUUGCUUGAAGACAUCAUUGAUCUGUUGGAUAUGAUCAGACUCUGCUGAUGC